UCACAUGAAGAAAAAUAUGACAAACCAAUCUUGUCCAACACAGCUAUUUCAUUUUUACUCUCGCAAGAUGCAUAGAAGUUUGCUUUGGCACUGUACACCUCGUCUACUCUAGCAAACAAACAAACCCGACGUAUACUUCUGAAACUCACUUGACUACUUCACAUUCACACUCACUGUUCUGCGUUGCGUCCUACGUAGUAACCAGGACCAUGAAUUCCAACAUUGAUUCAACAGACCAUAGCCAGGAUCAAAGCAGAAAACGAAACCUACCCGAUGCUGAUGAUUCUCCGGCGCCGAAUUUCCACAUUGAUUCAUCAGACCAUAACCAGGACCAAAGUAAAAAACGAAAGCAACCCAAUGAUGAAGAUUCUCCAUCGCUUGAAUCGCCUUGUUCCAACAUGAACCCCAGAAGGUAUCAGAUAGAGGUGUAUGAAGUUGCAAGGAGAAGGAACACUAUAGCUGUGUUGGAUACAGGGUCAGGUAAGACCCUGAUUGCUGUAAUGCUUAUGAAAGAGGUUGGUCAAGCCAUCAAGACUAGUGGUGUAAAGAAGCUGAUUAUUUUCUUGGCUCCCACAGUUCAUCUUGUCAAUCAGCAAUUCAAGAAUAUAAAAUUUCUGACUGAUUUUCAAGUUGAGGAAUACUAUGGGGCUAAAGGAGUUGAUACAUGGACUUUGAAGACGUGGGAGAAGGAGAUUAGUAACAAUGAUGUUCUGGUUAUGACACCCCAGAUUCUUUUGGAUGCGUUAAGAAAAGCAUUCCUGCGUAUGGAAAUGAUAUGCUUGAUUGUUAUUGAUGAAUGUCAUAGAACAAUUGGCAAUCAUCCUUAUACAAAAAUAAUGAAGGAAUUUUAUCACCAAGCUAAUGAAAAGCCAAAGAUUUUUGGGAUGACAGCAUCACCUGUUGGUAAAAAAGGUGUUUCCUCUACUAUGGAUUGUGAGGAUCAGAUAUCAGAACUUGAAAGCAUCUUGGAUUCUCAGAGAUAUACUGUUGAAGAUCGGACAGAGAUGGAUAGGUGUGUCCCAUCUGCUAAAGAGAGUUGUAGAUAUUAUGACCAAGCACGAUUUUCUGCUUUGAGUUUGAAACCAAAGAUUGAAGCCUUGUCGUUCAAGUUUGAUGCAUUGUUAUCAGAAAAUCAAAGUAACUAUAAGGAUGUGGAAAAUAAAUUUAAGACACUUUCUCAGCGGAUGUCCAAUGAACUUGCAAAAAUUUUACAUUGCCUUGAAGAUCUUGGGAUCCUAUGUGCUUAUGAGGCUGUUAAAAUCUGUCAUGAGAAUUUUUCCAAAUCUGAAGGAGAGUGUGAAAUUUACAGAAAAGGUUAUCUUCAAUGUAUAACUUUUCUUGAAGAAGUAAUCAAAUUAAUCGAAGAAUCCCUCCAUCUUGCUGAUAAAAAGAUUUUGGAGGUUGAUUUUAAUUAUUCUCAGGCAGAAGAUUUGGGAUACAUAUCUCCCAAAUUAAUUGAACUUAUUAAACUCUUUCAGUCAUUUGGAGAAUCUAGUCAGGUGUUGUGCCUUAUUUUUGUUGAUAGAAUCAUUACCGCAAAGGUGAUCCAAAGAUUCGCAAAGACAGUUCCCAAUAUUUCUCAUUUCACAGUUUCCUAUUUAACUGGUAACAAUACAUCGGUUGAUGCUCUGGCUCCUAAGAGGCAGAAGGAGAUAUUGGAUUCUUUCCGCUCUGGAAAGGUCAAUCUAUUAUUUACUACUGAUGUACUUGAGGAAGGAAUUCAUGUGCCAAACUGCUCAUGUGUGAUACGUUUUGACCUCCCAAAGACAGUUCGUAGUUAUGUCCAAUCUCGUGGAAGAUCUAGGCAGGCAAACUCCCAAUUUGUUGUGAUGUUGGAGAGGGGAAACUUGAAGCAAAGAGAUCAACUCUUUGAUAUCAUUAGGAGUGAGCGGUCCAUGACUGAUGCAUCUAUUUAUAAAGAACAUGAAUCUAGUUUAAGGGCAUGUAUGGUGGGGAAAACAAAUGCAUACUAUGUGGAAUCCACUGGAGCAUCUUUCACUUUAGAUUCUAGUGUUAGUCUCAUCCACCGAUACUGUGGAACACUCCCUCGAGAUAAGUACUCCUGUGUAAAGCCCAAUUUUGAGUUUCUGUCUGUGGAAGGGGGUUAUCAGUGUAAAUUAAUAUUACCAUCUAAUUCAGCUUUCCAAACAAUAAUUGGUCCUUCUGGAAAAGAUAUGCGUUUGGCAAAGCAUCUUGCAUGUUUCGAAGCUUGUAAGAAGCUGCAUCAAAUGGGUGCCUUAAAUGAACAUUUGGUUCCAUUAAUUGAAGAUUCUUCAGAAGAUGACCAUAUUGUGAAAAAUAAAGAAUCAAGUUCUGGUGCAGGGACCACAAAAAGAAAGGAGUUACAUGGAAAAGCUAACAUUCAUGCAUUAAGUGGUGCAUGGGGAGACAAACUCACUAGAGUCAAAUUUAAUGCGUAUAAAUUUGAAUUCACAUGUAAUAUUGUAAGUGAAAUAUACUCUGGGUUUGCUCUUUUGAUUGAGUCAGAGCUUGAUGAGGAUGUGGGAAAUGUAAAUUUAGAUCUUUAUUUAGUCUCAAAGAUUGUGAAAGCUUCCGUCUCUUCAUGUGGGCAAGUUGAUUUGGAUGCUGAACAGAUGAUGAGAGCAAAAUGCUUCCAUGAGCUUUUUUUCAAUGGUUUGUUUGGGAGACUGGUCUUGAAGUCCAAAUCAGCAGGAGAAAGGGAAUUUUUACUUCAGAAAGACACAAACUCAUUGUGGAGCCCAAAACACUUGUAUUUGCUUCUACCACUAGAGAAAUUGAAUGAUAUCUGUGAGGGAUCUUUGCAAAUUAAUUGGUGUGGAAUUAAUUCUUGUGCUUCUGCUAUCAAAUUUUUAAGGAGGAAAUUUUCUUUGGUCACUGGAGAUUGUGAUGAUAACGGCACAAUCACAUCACCUCAUGAUACCAGUUCAUCAGAGAUGGAAUGUGUAGGAGCAAACAAGAUUCACUUUGCUAAUUGUGUGGUUGAUGCUGAUAAUAUAAAAGACAGGGUAGUUUUGGCCAUUCACACUGGGAAAAUAUAUUGUAUUAUUGAGAUCGACAGUAACCUAUCUGCUGAAAGUCCUUUCUAUGGAAACAAUGAAAAAUCAAAGGAAAGCAUUACCUUCUCGGAUUAUUUCAGCAAAAGUUAUGGAAUUUCACUGAGACAUCCUGGACAGCCUAUGUUACGGUUGAAGCAAAGUCAUAAUCCACACAAUCUUCUUUUCAACUUCUAUGAGGAAGAUGCACGAGACAAGUCAUCAAAAAUUGGCCCUGCAGCCUCAAAAUUGCCAGUGCAUGUUCAUAUUCCUCCCGAGCUUCUAUACAUUCUUGAUGUUAAAAGAGAUGUGUUGAAAUCACUGUACUUGCUGCCAUCUCUGAUGUACCGCAUUGAAUCUUUGAUGUUAUCUAGUCAGCUUAGAGAAGAGAUAGAUGGUCAAACUAGCAAGUUCAACAUACGUAGCUCACUGAUUCUAGAAUCACUUACAACUUUGAGAUGUAGUGAAAGUUUUUCAAUGGAACGUCUUGAGUUGCUAGGAGAUUCUGUUUUGAAGUAUGUGGUGAGUUGUCACCUCUUUCUUAAAUAUCCUAAAAAACACGAAGGACAAUUAUCUGCCAGACGAUCAUCGGCUGUUUGUAACUCAACCCUACAUAAACUGGGGACAGAUCGCAAAUUACAGGGAUAUAUUCGAGACUCUGCUUUUGAACCACGCCGUUGGGUUGCUCCAGGACAGCGUUCUAUACACCUUGUUUGUUGUGAUUGUGGGUUGGAAACCCUUGAAGUGCCUUUAGAUGCAAAAUUCCAUACUGAAGAUCCAAAAGUUGUGGUUGGGAAGUUUUGCGACAGAGGUCACCGCUGGAUGUGUUCUAAGACUAUUGCUGACUGUGUUGAAGCUCUGAUAGGAGCAUACUAUGUAGAUGGUGGACUUUUUGCUUCACUUAAUGUGAUGAAAUGGCUUGGGAUUGGUGCUGAACUUGAACUAUCAUUGGUUGAUGAAGCAAUCACUGCUGCAUCUCUGCGUACAUGUUUGCCAAAAGAAAGUGAGAUUGCAAGCCUUGAAAAGAAAAUUGGGUAUGAAUUUUCGGUCAAGGGACUCUUACUGGAGGCAAUCACACAUUUGUCUGAGAAAGAACUUGGGAUUGGCUGCUGUUAUGAGAGGCUUGAAUUUCUAGGUGACUCGGUAUUGGACCUGCUUAUCACAUGGCAUCUUUAUCAGAGUCACACAGAUAUUGAUCCAGGGGUGUUGACUGACUUACGUUCUGCUUCUGUCAAUAAUGACAAUUUUGCUCAAGUUGCUGUUAGACAUAACCUUCACCAGCACCUUCUACAUAGCUCAGGAUUAUUACUGAGCCAGAUAUCAGAAUAUGUGAAGGUCAUUUCUGAAUCAGAUCCCAGAUCACUUCCAAGUAUUAGUGCUCCCAAGGCACUUGGAGAUGUAGUGGAAAGUAUAGUUGGGGCUAUACUAAUUGAUACCAAGCUCAGUCUUGACCAAGUGUGGAACGUUUUCUAUUCUCUAUUAUCUCCCAUUGUUACUCCUGAUAAACUUGAAUUGCCUCCAUUUCGUGAAUUAAAUGAAUUAUGUGAUUCGCUCGGUUAUUUUGUAAAAGUAAAAGAAAAUUGUGAAAAAGUGGGAUCAGCAAUGCAUGUUGAGGUUAGUGUACAACUUCCAAAUGCCCUAUUGGUUCGUGAAGGAAAGGGGGCAAAUAAAAAAACUGCAAAAGGAGAAGCUGCUUUUUAUUUGUUGAAGGAUCUUGAGAAGCAGGGAAUUUCACAUGGUAGUUUCAUGUCCAAGGGAAAAAGAGAUAAUCCUGACCAUGUCUAUGGUUCAUCUCAUCUCAAAAUGGAUUCUAGUAUUCUAAUUGAAGAACAUUCCUCAGAGCCAGCAUCACAUAAAAGGCACAUAUUGGAUGAAACUAACUUAACUGCAAUUAAUUUAUCAAUUAAUAUGAAGAAGGGAGGACCGCGGACCACAUUAUAUGAAGUAUGUAAGAAAUUACAGUGGCCAGUGCCUACAUUUGAUUCAACAGAAUAUAAAGAUAGAUCUCUAUUUGAAUCCUGUGAGGGGCUGCAAGGAAGCAAGGGACAGAACUGCUUUGUGUCGAAAAUUACCUUGUGCAUACCCAAUUAUGGUAAUAUAGAAAGCAAAGGAGAAGCUAGAAGUGAUAAGAAGACCUCCUUUGACUCUGCUGCAGUUCAAAUGCUUCUUGAGCUGCAAAGACUGGGAAAAGUUGAAAUUGAUCCUCUCCCUUCUAGUUAGGGGAAGAGAAAGGAAAGAAAAGGGAAGGGAAGGAAAAGAAAAGGGAGAGAAUAUAAGAGAAGGGAUAGUACCCCAAUUUUGUGCCCCCAAAAAACAUGAACUGUUGUUUUGUGCCAUUGAUCUGGUAAAUUCUCUCAGAUUAAUGGCAGAGGACCAUUAGUUUACAGUAUUUUUGGGGUUGCAAAUUUGUGGUACUAGUAUUGUGACCAAGAAGAGAAAAUGAUUGGAAAAAAAAAGGAUUGAAAAAAAUGAGGUGGUGUUUGAGAAGAUUCAAGUGAGAAUAAACAGAAGUCCUUUUCCUUUCCUUUCCUUUCCUUUCCCCAGGGAAGGAAAAGAAAACUCAAACAGCAAAGGUUGAUCAAUUUUAUUCAUAAAACAUAAAAUUGCAGAACAUGACUUUGACGCAAUAAUAUUGCAUGUACAUGAAUGUAGUAGCUGUUCUUAGGGCACUUGUGCAUGUAUGUAGUAUCUUGUUCAAUUUUUUUCCGUACAUAAUUUAAGUUGAUUUCAUCUUCAUAUACACGAAGACACUUUUAUCCUGA